CUAUUUUUUUAUUAUUCUGGGGAACAGUGCCUUCCAACACCACUAAGAUAUUAUUAAUAUGUAUGAGCACUUGCAUUGCCUCAAACCCUAUCUGGCUCAUACUUGAGUGUUCUUAUUGGCAAAUCGGUGAGACGCAAUCUUGUACUAAAUUCCCAUAUGGCUGAAAGUGAACGUUCUUCUUCUGAUGAGACUUUUGUGAACUCUCAAGCAGAAAGUAAUGAAGAAAAGACGCUUGAAUUUUCUGAGGAUGAGGAAGCGCUUGUCAUUAGGAUGUAUAAUCUAGUUGGAAAGAGAUGGUCUCUAAUUGCUGGGAGGAUUCCUGGAAGAACAGCUGAGGAGAUUGAGAAGUAUUGGAACUCCAGAUAUCCGACAACUGAAUGAAACGACAAGGAACCUGAGUCGUUCCUUGCAUGUAACAGACCACGUUUCACUUUUGUAGUUGACAAGUUCAUGUCUGGUUCUGUUCAUUUAAAGAACCAGAUCAUGUCUUCUUAUGUUUUAAUUAGGAUCAAAUGUUCAUGUGAGUGUUCCUUGUUGAGAUCUUAAGUUCCUGUGAACCAAUUAUCUUGUUCCAAGUUGGUUGGGCUUUGCAUUUGGAUUGUCUUUUUUUCUUUUCCUUGUUUGUUUCUGGCUCCUGGCACUAUCCGAUUCUCAGCUAAGGACACAUGUUGUUCUUUAUUUGGGAAUUUGCUUUUAUAUUUUAAGUAAAAAAGGACUUACAGUGUUGGGAAAUGGACAGAAAGUAGAUUCAAUUUGCUGGGAUUA